AUGUGGGUUUUGAGCUUCUGGCAGCUGCGUCUUUCAACAAUGCUGUGGGCUGCGUACAUUGUUCUGGCCUCCACAGGUAACCUUUAUUCUGCUCCUUCUACCAGACUCUUAACACUUAAAGCAUGAGAAAGUCAGUGGGCUGUAUAUUUAUGCGCUCUGAGAGUUCCUCCACACUCAGCUCAGGCAAAAUACUUUCUCCUUCAGCAUGUGUCUUGUUUCCAGGGCUUCAGUUGCAGGACAGUGUUGUUGUUGUUGUUGUUUAGUCGUUUAGUCGUGUCCGAUUCUUCCUGACCUCCUGGACCAGAGCACGCCAGGCACUCCUGUCUUCCACUGCCUCCUGCAGUUUGGUCAGACUCAUGCUGGUAGCUUUGAGAACACUAUCCAACCAUUUCGUCCUCUGUCGUCCCCUUCGCCUUGUGCCCUCCAUCUUUCCCAGCAUCAGGGUCUUUUCCAGGGAGUCUUCUCUUCUCAUGAGGUGGCCAAAGUCUUGGAGCCUCAGCUUCAGGAUCUGUCCUUCCAGUGAGCACUCAGGGCUGAUUUCCUUCAGAAUGGAGAGGUUUGAUCUUCUUGCAGUCCAUGGGACUCUCCUCCAGCAGGACAGUGUAGGGAUUCUCAAACAGUGUGAUGUCUCCUUCAACGUCUUCUUGCAAGAAAAGCCAGAGCGAGAAACGGCAACCGUAAACGGUCCUUGUGGUCUUUCUGCUCCACAGUGUUUCCAGCACACUUACAGAACCUGCAUCCGACUUGGCGGUUCCUGUUCGUGGAUAUUGGGGUGACAGCACAGAUCUCAUGCACUUCUAUAGAAGAUAUUGAAAAUCAGGCAUUAUUCAGCUGGUACAAAAGAAGAGAACACGGAAUGCCGAUUUUAAUCAAGAGCUGCGAUGUUAAAAAACCCGGAGGCAGAUUUGCUUGCAAAGUUAAUCCUAACCGUCGAAACGCCAUACUGGAGAUCCUUCAUGUGCAGAGCUCUGAUUCUGGCCAAUAUUUCUGUGCCCAAGGAACUUCUGCUGGCUUGCAUUUCAGCACUGCAACAUCUUCACUGAUUGUUGGAGGUAAGAGAUGAGGGCUGAGUGAGCUUUGCUGCUGUGUGUUAAAGGCACCAGGGUCUGAAUGCAAGCAGAGUCAAAUAAGGGCCAGUUCUCAGGAUCAUCCCAUUCACUGCAGGCAAGAUUCUUGCUGAAUUUUAGCCACUGCUUUCAUGUAAGGAGGUGGCAUGGCACCCCUGCCAGGCUGCAACCACAUUUGGGUGGAUUGAUAGCUUAUUGAGUUCAGUAAGUUGAUGUUGUCCUCCAGAGCAAGUUUUGAAAUGUUCUUCCUCUCAAGGAAACUUUCCCCAUGUUGCCUUGUGGGCUAAGAGGUUCCUAGGCAUGCGCCCCUGUGCAUUGUAAAACAUUCCAGGCUGUGGGGUUUCUGAUGUGCAUUCCUUAUGAACCAACAACCCCAAAUACACCCGAGUCUUCUCCCCAAAUGAGCACUGCAUGGGAAGUGUGUUAAACGUAAAGUUAAAGGUAAAGGGACCCCUGACCAUUAGGUCCAGUCGUGGCCGACUCUGGGGUUGCGGCACUCAUCUCGUUUUAUUGGCCGAGGGAGCCAGCGUACAGCUUCCGGGUUAUGUGGCCAGCAGGACCAAGCCGCUUCUGGCGAACCAGAGCAGUGCACGGAAACGACUUUUACCUUCCCGCCAGAGCGGUACCUGUUUAUCUACUUACACUUUGAUGUGCUUUCGAACUGCUAGGUUGGCAGGAGCAGGGACUGAGCAACGGGAGCUCAAGCCGUCGCGGGGAUUUGAACCGCUGACCUUCUGAUCGGCAAGUCCUAGGCUCUGUGGUUUAACCCACAGCGCCACCCGCAUCCCAUGAUCUAGAGUUACUAAGCAUCUUUUCUGAGAAGUCUCGCCCAAGCUUAUCUUGAAACCCCCGCCAUUUCCUGGCAGAAAGCCCAACACCAGGAUGAAAUUCUGAAGCCUUUGUUAUCCAUAGGUGGUCCUCCUUGCUGUACUCUCUUUGGAGAUUGUUCUUACUGUGCCCCUUGCUUUGUUUUCCUCUUCAGACAGUUAUACUCCGAGCACCCGGGUGAUGCUUUUGCAGCCCUCUAACCAAGACCCAGAUUCCUGGUUCAAGAACCAACUUGUUUGCGUGGUCCAUGGCGUGUCCAACUUCGUCCAGGUGUCCUGGGACGGCCCGGGAGGUCUCCAGCAAGAGGGCCAGACCCUUUUGGUGAAAAACAGCAGUGGGUCGUUAACCUUCGUCAGUGUCCUUCACCUCCCCAUGGAAUUACAAAACACUGGGGGAAACAUCACCUGUGCGGUCAGGUUCAACUCUUCCAGCACCAGCGUGAAGAAAACUGCUGUGUUCAACGCAGGUGAGUGAAUCUUUUUAUCCUGACAUAAGAAUAUCAGCUGGCCUUUUUCACCAAUGUCGCUUAUGGAAGGUCUUGUUUCCAUCCUGAAUUUUAACCAAAAAAAACCCCCUGCAUUGAUAAUACCAAUGACUGCCCUUUUCUGCUUUUAGCGAUGUCCAGAGUUUUACAAAACUUGCUCAAUUACUCAAAGGCUCUUGAAUAUUCAUGCCCCCAAAAUGCUUGCUUUUUCCUGACUGGUUAGUAAUACACAGGGCUAGAGUCUGUCUGAUUUGUGCUUGUAUUUCUGUUGCUUUUUUAUUUCGCAUAUGUUGCAUUUUAUUGCGUGACAAUCUGAAUUCAAAUUGCACGUGUCAAACUGUACAUGCGAAAAACCACCUGAAGGAAGGUCCGUGGACAAUAGUUUGGUUGCUCCUGUAUUAGUGAAAAGUAACAUACAGACUGAGUUGCGUUAGAAGAAAUUUGCUCUAAAAUGGUGCUGAAUAUUCAUGUGGGCUUUAAGGGGAAAAAAGAAUUGCAAUCUGAUGUGGAAAUGUGAACUGGACUUAAAAGACUGAAAUUGCCAUGUUGUCAAUGGUGACUUGUCACAAUGCCUAUGCUCUCUGUUAGAAGAAUUUUAAGGUCUCAAAUACAGAAUAAACAUUCAUAAAUGCACACAUAUCUAAAUAGAUGAACCAUGUGUCUGAAAUAGUAUGGGAGAGCAAUCCUGAAGCCAUUUUGACUCUCCCCAUGACCUCAAAUAUUCCUCUGCUGUAAGGGAGGCAAAUGGGGAAAGCCUUCCCAUUGUCUUUUUGCUUGCAAAUCCCAUCUUAAGGGUGCAUUUGUGUAUGACUAGAGUGAGCCUGUGACCUGGAUUCAGGAACUAAAGUAUUUACCUUCACAAAAGAAUGGCCAGGCUGCCCAGGUAAUGCAGUCAGUGACCAUUAUCAGGUAUCCUGGCAGACAGGACUUCUGCUGUGGCCCGCCUCCUUCAGUGAUGUACGUAUGAUGUUUUAGGGGGGUGGUCUUGGGCUUCAGGGUGGGCAAUUUCAAAAGUCUAUAUAAGGGCUUGCACACCAUUGUUUGGGGUUCUCCUCCCUCCUGCGUGUGAUUAGUGGGGACCCUGUUGCAACAGUUUCUUGAAUAAAGAUCAGGCUUAUUGAUCUUUUAUGUUACUUUUACAGUGGUACCUCAGGUUAAGUACUUAAUUCGUUCCGGAGGUCCAUACUUAACCUGAAACUGUUCUUAACCUGAAGCACCACUUUAGCUAAUGGGGCCUCCCGCUGCUGCCGCACCGCCGGAGCACGAUUUCUGUUCUCAUCCUGAAGCAAAGUUCUUAACCCGAGGUACUAUUUCUGGGUUAGCGGAGUCUGUAACCUGAAGCAUAUGUAACCCAAGGUAUCACUGUAUUGUUGUUAGCCGCUCUGAACCCAGCUUCAGCUGGGGAGGGCGGGAUAUAAAUAAAAUUUUAUUAUUAUUUAUUAUUACUAGCUGCUUUGCUUCUCAAUAUACAGUGGUACCUCGGGUUACAUACGCUUCAGGUUACAUACGCUUCAGGUUACAGACUCCGCUAACCCAGAAAUAGUGCUUCAGGUUAAGAACUUUGCUUCAGGAUGAGAACAGACAUUGUGUUUCGGCGCACGGCGGCAGCAGGAGGCCCCUUUAGCUAAAGUGGUGCUUCAGGUUAAGAACAGUUUCAGGUUAAGAAUGGACCUCCAGAACAAAUUAGGUACUUAACCCGAGGUACCACUGUACUCUGGUUGGCCUCUGUUAUUUUCUCCUACUGAUAGGGAACCUUAGAAGGACUCUAUACAGACUCUGGAAUACCCCAUAAGGGAAAAGGAACAGGUUUCUUUCCUUAUAGCACCUCCUCCCCCUUUCGGAGGCAGAAUCCCUCUGAAUAACACCAGUUGAUCACAAGUAGUGCAAGUGCUGUUGUGCUCGGGUUCUGCUCUUGGACUUCCAUCGGGGAUCUGGUUAGCCACUUUGAGAAGAGGAGGCUGGACUAAGUGGACCUGAUUCAACUCCGAGGCUAUCCUUAGGUUCUUACGGAGCCUCCAGGUCCAGGGGCAGUCUAUCUGGAUUUCAAGGUUCUUAGGGCCAUUUGGCCACUGUGGGAACAGAAUGAUGGACUAGAUCAGGCCAGGCUCUCCAUAUGUCCUUCUCUAGUCUUUUGCCAAAAACAGCAUUUCCUGAGUAAGCAAAUCUUUUCCCUCUCUCUCUCUUCUUUCUAAAGCUUCGUUGACAGAAGGUGACGCAAAGUGCCUAACCCACAAAGUGUCCUUGGCUGUCGUUGCAGGAUUGGCAUCACUGCUCAUCUUCCUGAGUUUCCUUUGGGUCCGAUUUGGCCUUCCCUGGCUAGGUAAUAUGGGGGAACGCACCGUGGGUCAGAGGGGAGGGGGAUCACAUGAACAAUAUCCCCUAUUCAAGUAGGUGGCCGUGUUGGUCUGCCGUAGUCAAAAUAAAUUAAAACAAUUCUAUAAAAAGAUAGUUGAAAAGACUCUUCUUCAAAACCUAAAAACGCUCUUAAAAGAAUCAAGUCUUCAAAAAAGUUAUAGGAUCUAAGGAAGUCUUUAAAAGAAUCCUUCUGAAAGAAUUUAAAAAUUAUAAAGUUGCACCCUAGAGUCCAACUGAGUUGUUUUCAAUAAAAGCCUUCGUGUGCAUGCACACUUCUUCAGAUACACUGAAAACAUAUCCCCUAUGUCAGUUUCUCCUUAUGCAGAGGGCAAAAAUGAAUUUCUCCGCUUGAAGUGGACAAGACAGCCUCUGCUCCCCCUGAUUUAUUUUAUAUUUUAGUUCGUACAUAUUGCUUAAUCAGCAAAAAAGGGUUUUACACAAAUGUUGAAAACAAGCAGACAUACAAACUGAACAAAAAAAAUAGACAAAAUCAGCCAUUUUCCUCAUCACAAAACAUUGGACCAAGUCCUACUCAGACUAGUCCUAUUGAAAUAAACAAACCUGAUUUUAAAAAUGCAUAUAUCAUUGAAAGAAAACGUACAGAGAUGCAUUAUGAUCGGGGAGAUUGUUUGCAAAGAAGUGUAUAUUAGUAAAAAGUGAAUCCCCAAAAGUGUUUACUAGGAGAAAUUUGCACUAAAAUGCUGAUUAAUCUUCAUGAGUUUUGUAUAUAUAGUUUUUUAAAAAUGCAAAUUGCUGCGGAAGUGUGGAGAACUGACUUUAAUGUUGGGGAAAUGAGGGACUUGGAGAACGGAAAUUUACAGAUUUUCCCAUCAGGCUCAAAUAUAGAAUGCAGAAAGAUGUAGACAGCCCUCUUAUUUAUGGAUUUCCUAUGUGUCUUACUAUUCAUUUUUUGCUCCUCAAGGUUCCCACACCAAGAUAUCCGAGCCCCCAUUUUCAGGGAUAACAGAGGUAGGAACUCUUUUAAAUAUAUAUACAUAUAUAGGUUUUGAGAUGCUCUAGGUUUUAAGGCGUACACAGUCUCAGGUGUACAAUCUGGGCACACAACUGAUAAGAAUGAGGGAUAAAAUCAGCUCAGUUUGCAUGCUAUCAAAUCCACCCGUUUUGAAUCCUUUGAAAUUUUUCACUCAUCCGCUCUACGUGGGGCUACCUUUGAAGGUGCCCUGGAAACUACAACUAAUCCAGAACGCGGCAGCUAGACUGGAGACUGGGAGCGGCCGCCGAGACCAUAUAACACUGGUCUUGAAAGACCUACAUUGGCUCCCAGUACGUUUCCGAGCACAAUUCAAAGUGUUGGUGCUGACCUUGAAAGCCCCAAACGGCCUUGGUCCAGUAUACCUGAAGGAGCAUCUCCACCUCCAUCGUUCUGCCCAGACACUGAGGUCCAGCUCCGAGGGCCUUCUGGCGGUUCCCUCACUGCGAGAGGCCAAGUUACAGGGAACCAGGCAGAGGGCCUUCUCGGUAGUGGUGCCCGCCCUGUGGAACGCCCUCCCAUCAGAUGUCAAAGCGAUAAACAACUACCAGACUUUUAGAAGACAUCUAAAGGCAGCCCUUUUUAGGGAAGCUUUUAAUGUUAGAUGUAUUACAGUAUUUUUAUAUUUUUUUGGAAGCUGCCCAGAGUGGCUGGGGAAGCCCAGCCAGAUGGGCGGGGUAUAAAUAAUAAAUAAUAAAUUAUUAUUAUUAUUAUUAUUAUUAUUAUUAUUAUUAUUAUUAUGUUGUUGUUGUUGUUGUUAUUUUGCAUUGCACUCCUCCAUCCAAGCAACAGUGAAUAUAUUAGGGGGAGGUGUGCCUGAAAAUGAACAAAUCUGUGAACGUAAUGCACAGAAAUACACUAUAUACUUGCAAAAAACAUGUGAACGAGUCUUGUCCCCAUGAGCUCUGGCUGUUUCUCACAUGGGAUAUAAAGGUGUUGAAUUUAAGCCAUCAAGCAACUAACAGCCCUCUCCUCCAAAUUUCAUAACAGGAUGGGAUUUGCUACGCCCAACUGGACUUUCAAGCAAAGACCCAAGAUGAGAGGAAGAGAAGACUAGGAGUGCAAGGGAAGAAAUCCAAAACUUUGAAGGACCUUUGA